AUGGACGACACCAUGAAGGGGCGCACGGGCCCGGGCGCCUGCUACGCGUCGAAGUCGUCGUUCGGGUCACAAACUCUGGCAGGGAAAAGGACCUCCGCGUCGCACACGUUCGGAACGAAGUCGAACAAGCCGCUGAACAAGGAGGACGUGCCGGGUCCUGGCAGCUACGGCAUCGAGAACGGCUUCGGGAGACAAACGCUCAGCUUGCGGCAGAGCGCGCGAACGGCGGCGUUGGAUCGCGGAAACCGCUGGAGCGAGCUCAAAAAGGACUUUCGCCAGUCCGAAUUCACCCCAGGCGCCCUGAACCCCAAGGUGCGCGGGCAGGUCGGCGACGCGCCCGGGGUGGUGAUGCACGGCAAGGGCGGGCGCUACGACAUGAGUAAGGGCGGCGUUCCGGGCAUGAAGCCGACCGCGCUGCAGACCCCAGGGCCGGGCACGUACGGGCUGGACAGUACCUUCGGGCGGCAGACCGUGGCGCGGCACGCGACGAGCGCGACGGCGCGCUUCGGGCGGGCCACGCGGGAGCAGUGCGACAAGCAGUACAUCUCGUUCGGGCACGAGAAGGACAUGUUCGGCAAGCACUCGCCCGGUCCGACGACGUCGCGACCGGGCUCGGCGUUCGGCAGCCAGGCACCCUCGGGCCGGCGGACGACGGCGGCGUUCAGCUUUGGGUCGGGCGACAGGUUCAGCGACUUCAAGCCGAGCCAGCGCACCCUCAAGAAGACGGGCGGGGACCCGAAGAAGGUCCCUGUCAACAGCAUAGAGCGGACUCCCGGCCCGGGCGAAUACCUCGUGUAA